AAUCGAAGAGCAAAUUGACACAGAGAGAUAGAGAGAGAUGGGGAGGGAGGUCUCGGAGAGCUGCGUGGACAGCCUACUGACAGAAAUGGUGUCCUCCUACUGCGAUCGGUUCUACGCCAACAAGCCAGAGCUCGCCGCCCGUCGGAUCGAGGCGAUCGGCUUCCAGGUCGGCCACCAGCUAUCCGAACGGUAUACAAUGGAGCGGCCUCGGUUCAGUGAUCAUUUAGAGGCAAUCAAGUUUAUCUGCAAGGACUUCUGGUCCGAGCUUUUCAAGAAGCAAAUAGACAACUUGAAGACCAAUCAUAGAGGCACCUUUGUAUUGCAAGAUAAUCGGUUUCGUUGGCUUGCACGCAUGUCAGUUGAUCCAUCAUCUGAGGGUGGAGAUUUAUCUCAAGAUAAUUCUGCAGGCGCACCUGAAAACAAGGCAGCACAAGCUACAAGCAUGCAUCUCUAUUUCCCAUGUGGAAUUAUAAGGGGGGCUCUUUCAAAUCUUGGCAUUCCUUGCGCAGUUUCUGCGGAUAUAUCUAAUCUUCCUGCAUGUUCAUUUGUAGUUCGCAUAAAGGCCUGAUGAGCCCUUAGAAGCUCCGGCUUAAGACUGCAGUUUGAAGUAUCAGCUUACUGUUUAAAUUAGGGCACGUGCAUCUUCCCGUUUUCCUUUUGCACAUUAGUUGCUUGAUAUGAGAGUGUCUGUCGCAUUCAAACUCAGGAAUAUUUCGGGAGACCCCUCUGUUGCCUGUUAUGGUUUUGAGUUUCAGAUGAAGAUAUUAUAGAGGCUAGGAUGAUUCCAAGAUUGUUUUCUAAGUGAUUAGAAGUUCACUCGACAAGAAGGUGAUUGUCAUGCUUUAGAAUGAAAGGUAGCCUUGAACAAGGUCUCUCAAACUGUAAUAUGGAUCUGAUCUAAUAAAUCACCUGGGUCUGGUGUGUUAUGAAAUGAUCCAAUCAUGAUCCAUAUGCAUAUUAUGAUAUUUGAACAUAUAAAAGGAGCAUGCUUAAUCCAGCCGUUUACCAUGUACUUAUGACGAUUGACAUGUACUGUAUGAAUUAUUUCGCAUUGAUUUGAAGUUUUUAUGGAUUGGAUCAGCCUCCGUAGUGUGAUGUUCUUCUA